UUUAAUGCAGUUUUUAUUUCGCGUCACGUACAGUCAAUAAACUUACGAUUAGAUGAUUAAUAUUUGGAAGAUUAAGAAAAUUCCAUUCGUGACAUGAUAAUUCAAACAAAAUCGGGGAAGACAAAUUAUGUUAAAAGUGGAUGGUUAAAAUUAGCUGUACCUUGCUGGGUGUGGAAAAAUCCAUUUAAUCCUUUUUACGACGAUGGAAAUGAUAAAAAGAUGCUUUAUUGGUCCCUCCGUACAGUUGACGAUACAAUCAGAGAAGCCGACAAACUUUUUGAGACGGGAGAUUACCUAGAAGUGUAUCAAUUAUUAAAUAGAAUAAAAUUUCGGGAAAACGUGGAUGUUCUUUGGAGAGUGAGUCGUUCUUUAUAUAAAAUGGCACAGGAUGAGACCAAUUCGAAUAAUAUAAAAAGAGAAAUGAUCGACGAGGCCUACGAAAUAAUUACAUCAACUUUAUCUAGGGGAGCAAACAAUCCGAACGUUCACAAAUGGAUGGCUCUCAUCGUUAAUUUUAAAACAAAUCUGGAAGGAACUACAUCGAAAGCAAAAAAUUUGGGUGUCAUUAAGAAACACAUGAAAAAAGCAGUUGAACUAAACCCUUAUGAUGUAUUUGUUUUACACAUGCUGGGACAACUUUGUUAUAAUCUUAGCAAUUUAAAUCGCUUCGAAAGGUUUCUUGCUUCAUAUCUGUUUGAAAAUCCCCCACCCUCGAGUUAUGAAGAAGCAUACGAAUAUCUUUCAAAAGCGGAAAGUAUUCGACCCGGAUUUUAUAUACCAAAUUUGUAUUUAUUAGGGAAAACGUGCUAUCGCAUGCAGAAAUAUUUCCGAGCUAAUUAUUACCUAAAAAUGGCUACAAGUUUACCACCAAGAAGCUCCUAUGAGGUUCAAUGUGCCAAACGUGCUAAAACAUUAGUACAAAACUUAUCUGAAUUUGAUAUUUCUAGAGACGCUCUAGUUACUGACAUAUAAAGUACAAACUUGA